AUGAGUUUAGUAGAAGAUAAACCAAGUAAAUAUGAUAAACGAUAUCAAGAGUAUAAACGAAGAAUAAGAGAGAUAGAAGAUGAAAAUGAACAAAUGACUCUUCAGCUCACUAAAGCUCGUCAUCAUAUAAAACGGCUUCGAAUAGAAAGAGUUAUUUUAUUAGAGGAAAUAGAAGAACUUCGACAAGCUCGACGAUUGAAAAAGACACCCUUUAUUAAUAACAAUAAUGAAAGUGACUCUGAACUCUCUAUUUCUGAAUCUGUACUUUCGGAUGCUGUUAUUGGCAAAGGUAGAAGAGGCCAUACAUCAUCCGCAACACCUAGAAAGAAAAGAGAUCCUAAUGCACCAAAGGGUCCUGGUAAUGUCUUUUUCUUGUAUUGUCGAAUGGAACGGGAUAAUAUCAAAGACGAAGUACCUAAUGAAAGUUUGGGUGAAGUCACUCGAUUGCUUGGACAAAAGUGGAAGGCGUUGACAAAAGAAGAGAAACAGAAAUAUUAUGACUUGUAUAAAAAAGAACAAGAGGAAUAUGAGUCAGCCAUGAAGAGUUAUACGGCAGCAGGCGGAGGUGCAGAAGGAGCAGCUGCUGUGGAAGCAAAUAAGUCAAAGCAAGACAUUAAACCAGAAGAAAUGAUAGAAUAUGAAGAUGAAGAAGUAGAUAUGCUUCAAGAAGACGAAGAAGAAGAGGAUGAAGAAGAAGAAGAUGAAUUAGAAAAUACGCACCAAGAGUCAUUAGUAUCACACCCUACUACCACAACAACAACAACAACAGAUUUUGUAUAA